CUCCCGCUCUCAGGCGUCGGCGGCGCGCAGCGGCUACGCGCUCGUUCACGACCAGAAGUUGGUUUUACGAGAGAAGUGAACGCACGCACACACACACACACAAUGUCAACAGAUGUGGAGAGUCUGAGGCGAAGGUCUACAGCUGAUAGUUCAGAACACGUGUGGGACCAUGAGCACAGAUUUUUUCGCCGUAGCUCACAGUGUGAUAGAUUGUGUGUGGCCAGCAUUCACCCCGAGAUGGUUGAAACUCCUUCACCCUGCGGCUCGCACCAGGUCAUCCACCAUACGGCAAAAUGCCUCUCGGCUCAUAGACUCUCUGUACACUCGCGGGGUACUGAGGACGCCUGGCAGGAAGCAAGCUUGAGGACCACCGUUCGUGCCGAAAACGAAGUGGAGGCACACAAACUGGUCAAUAACUACAUGUUUGGUUUCAGGAAGUGGAAGAGUCACGUUACAGAGCGUCCAAUUGAGGACAGAUCAGACAAGGUGAAGGAGCUGUACUCUGAGCAGAUCUUCAUAAAGCCAUUUACAGGAUCACUGAUCAGCAUCGGAAACGUCGCCUACACGAUUUUCUUCGGCUGGUGGAUCUCUCUAGCGUAUUUUCUUGUUAGCUUACUGAUGUUUUGCACCAUUAUUACGAUUCCACACGGGAAACUCUGUUUAAGGUUGUCGGGUUAUUUACUGUGGCCUUUCGGGAAAUCUUUACAAAAGACGAGUCUGAUACGGAAAUGCUGUGUUAAAUUUCCUCACUGCGAAGCCAUUCCAGAGGAAGCAGGUGACGUGAAGGUCUCUCCGGACAACCAGAAGGAGUCUACACCAUUGAUAAAUUCUGAGCCAAUCACUAUAAACGUUCCACCUCCACCACUACCUUCUCCUCGGAAGUGCUCUUACUGGUGUUGCGUGAGCACGUACGUGUGGCUGGUGCUUGGGUACAUUCCUCUUGCUAUAAUCCACUCCCUGGCCUGCUUCCUGUCCUGGAUUAUGGUCUUCACCAUCCCUGUGGCCAAAAUGAACGGUCGGAUCCUCAGCAUCAUCCUCUUCCUUCCACCUGACGAGAUUCAGGUUUGGCCGAUGAAGAACUCUCAAAAUUCUGAAGCGAGGGUCCUCCUGUGCUACUACCGGGCCUUUAACUGGUACUACUACAAGUACACAGUGGACGGGAUCAACGUCUUCGCUGUUAACCUGCUGUCCCUCGUCAUCAUCACACUGGUGACUGGUUACAUGGACCGUGAUAACACGUUUGUCAGGUCUGAGGUGAAGUUUGCCACCGCUGUGACCUCCAUCAUCCCCCUGUCGUACUACAUCGGCAUGGGUAUAGCCAGCAUCUCGGCUCAGAGUAACUUCGCAGUUGGUGCGGUAGUGAACGCUACGUUUGGCUCGAUCACCGAGAUGACCUUCUACAUCACCGCACUGCUGCAAGGUCAUCGCGUCGGGAACAAAUGUUACGGAGAGAUCGUUAAGGCUGCUCUCACAGGAACCCUGCUUGGAUGCAUCCUCUUUAUUCCGGGUUUGUGUAUGAUCAUUGGUGGAUUCAAGCACAGCGAACAGAGAUUCAACAGCCGCUCGGCUGGCGUCAGCUCCGCCCUGCUCUUCAUCUCAGUCGGAGGUGUGUUCGCACCGACGCUGUUCUCAAAAGCGUAUGGAAACCUGGUGUGUGACCGCUGCAGUAAUCCAUCCGGCAACGUUACCGGACCCUUCAUCUGCACAAACUGCCACUAUGAUCUGAGUGAGAACAACCGCUCCUUGUUCCUGAGUCAUAUUGAGCCUCUGGUGUACACGGUGUCUGUGCUUCUCCCUGCUGCGUAUCUCAUCGGUCUAAUCUUCACCCUGAAGACACACACACACAUCUACGACAUCCGCGUCAGUGACGCACACUGCCAUGUGGCAAGUGACCAUGAUCCAGUGGUGCACUGGUCCAGGUGGAGGGCUUUGUUGGUCCUGAUUGUGGCCACGUUCCUGACGGCGGCCUGCGCAGAUCUCACCACUGAGCACAUCAAACCAAUCAUCUCCAACUCCAGCGUCUCUCAGUACUUUAUCGGCGUUACUGUGCUGGCGAUGGUUCCCGAACUUCCCGAAAUAGUCAACGGGAUUCAGUUCGCCCUUCAGAACAACAUUAGCUUGAGCCUGGAAGUUGGAAAUUGUAUCGCCGUCCAAGUCUGCAUGCUUCAGAUCCCACUACUGAUCUUAUUCAAUGUAAUUCACGAAGUUGGAUUUGUUCUCAUAUUCAGCGACUUGCACCUGUGGGCGAGCAUCUUCAGCGUCAUCCUGGUCAAUUACAUCUUCAUGGACGGGAAGUGUGAUUAUUUCCAGGGAACGGCUCUGGUGGUCGUCUACCUCAUCCUCCUGGCGUUGUACUUUUUCGCUCCGUCUCCUCGGGGCUGCUGAUGUUCUGGAACGUUCUCACUUUGUCUUCGUGGUUCUUCGUCUCCUUACCUCACUGUACUUCGGGUAUUUCGGGUGACUCGUCUUCUUGUGCAAACACGUAAAUUGUGUAUUAGAGUGUAUCGUGUCAAUAAAUCGUUCCAAAGAAAAAUGA